UUUUAUAUCAACAUUUAGUGCGGUUCAAGACACCGUUGGGCUUGCAGUUUCUUCGGUCACUUAUAUAGUUCUAUUAAUUACUUUCUAUUAAUACAAUAAAUAUUAAAAUUUUUUUUAUUAUAUUAUAAAUCGUAAAAGUCUCUUUAUCAGAAUAUAUUUCCUGAAAUUCAUUAUUUUAUAAUUAGUGUUUUGCAAAGUGCUCUGUAUCACACGUGUUAAUGUAGUGCAAGGGAAGAAGAAAUAUUUAUUCAGUGAUGGUGCAAAAUAAUCUUGAUGUAUUAUGAAAAAUUUUCUGAAAAUUAUCUAAAAUUCUUUAACUUUUUUAUAUUACUAUUUUUAAAUUAUUUGAAAUGUUUAUUCAACAUCUUACAAAUACGGAGAGGAAGGUAAAUUAGCUGAGGAAUACUUUCCCGCGACUUUUAUAUCUAUGUGUAGAAUCUAUCGGAUAUUGUUGAUUUUCUUCAUUUCGAUAAUUAAUUUAAAUAAUUUGAUAAUUACGAGAUCAGAAAUUUCAUCCGGCUCUCAGGCUUCUCCGUUUCUCUCCGUCCUUUUGCCGCUCGCGAAAGAAUCUCUACUUAAAGAGAAAAGAAGAGGGGAGAAACAAGACAGAUUAUCCCAUUCGCGACCGAUCGAAACUGUUCUAAGGUUUCCGCGAGCGGCUAAAGAAGCCAAGCAGUGGUCGACAAAGUGUAGUGAGACAGAAGAAACGGGAAAAGAAAGAGACUUCUCUGAGGCGAAGAGGCAUCCCUUUGAUCUAUUGUCCCUUUCUUUUAUCGUCUAUUCAUCGGUCCUCACACACGCGAAUUCUCUCCUCUCGUCCUCUCCUUUCCUUUUUCCUUUCCUUUCCGCGACGCGAUUAUGGCUCAUAACGAGGGCACGAAAGAAGGUGGCAGCUCGACCGACACAGUAAUCGCGCACUUUUCGUCGGACGACGAGAAGCCAAAGCCUAUCGCGACUGCCACUUCCGGCGAAUAUGUCACCGCGGGUGACAGUAAUUCCAGUCUCGAAACUCUGACCAGCAGCAGCGGCGUGACUUUCUUCUCCAAUAUUAACACGGACGAUCGAAAGAAAGGCAAAUUCGAUACGUUCAAGAGCAGCCUCCGCGAGGGUCGUAUAUUUAAGAUCAAGAAGAAACCACGCGAGACCGAUCCGUCCUGCGAAGCGGACACGGAACAAGAUGACAAAACUUCUUUGAAGAAGCUUGAAAUAGGGGAUGAUAAAGAAAUAUCUCGGCAGCAAUCACAGCAGCUCAAGGAAUCGAAACCAACAUCCGUGAUCUCGAAGAAGAAGAAAAAGAAGAAGUCGCACUCGCUGGUGCGCAAACUGAGCUUUAAUAAAUUUCGCCUGUCCUCGGAACAGCAAGAAGCACGACAUACCCCGGAGGGUGGCGAUAGUAGUCGCUCCCAGAGCCAGUCCCCGCAAGAAUCGCCCGUUCACCCGAACGAGUCGAUCGAGAAGCAGAGGCAGGGGGACGAAAACGUCCCGGAGAGGGAAAAGACAGCGAGGGGGGAGCUUAAGAAACCAGAAAAGCUGCUCGAGAAACCGUCAAAGAUCGUCACCGUAGUGCAACAUACGCCGUUAAUAACUAAGAGCUUUGUUCAACACGACACCGUACAACAUCCACAGCGAGAGGAGCAAGACAAAGUCUCGCGUUCCGACUUGCAAUGCUGUUCGACGCUUCCUUACGCGUUGUCGAGCUGGCCGGAACGUAGCGAGACGAAGCUCGCGGAGGAUGCUGUGCUCAGGACAGGUAAAACGAGAGCGAAAUCCGAUUCGGAUUCCUCGGGUUUACGUAUGACAUCGGAAUCGUCACCCGUCGAAGUGCGGCGUAAGCUAUCCUUGCUGGAGGAGAAACGAGCGAUAUUUCAGCGACGCUUCUUCGAUUCUUCCAAGGAUACAAAAGACGCGGUGCUCACUGUUAGCAGCUUGACAAUCGACGACGAGCCACCGAGCACUAUCGAUAACGAGUUUUUUGAACAACAAGAAGAGGAACGAAAGAAGAGAAGAGCCCGACAGAUUAGCGUGAAAACUUUCGAUACAUUCUCCUCUUUUGAAACUGCCCUCGACGAGGAAACGGGAUUGGGUUACUUGGGUAGCAUUGAGGAAGAUUACACGGAAAGCUACAAUAGUAUGGACGAUCAUCUCAGCAAAUCUCAUUCCGCCAUGGUGGGAGCCGUUGCUGGCCAGUCGUCGUCGAAUAAUGCAUCGAAUCUCGGAGUAGACGAGAAACGGGAGCACUUGUACAAAAUACUGGUAAUCGGCGAGCUUGGGGCGGGGAAAACAUCUAUCAUCAAGCGAUACGUCCACCAAUUCUUCUCGCAACAUUAUCGGGCGACGAUUGGCGUCGACUUUGCGCUCAAAGUGCUAAACUGGGAUCCACAUACCAUUAUUAGACUGCAGUUAUGGGAUAUCGCAGGUCAAGAGAGAUUUGGAAAUAUGACCAGAGUUUACUACAAGGAAGCUGUUGGUGCUUUCAUAGUGUUUGAUGUGACGAGAAGCGCAACGUUGGACGCGGUUGUGAAAUGGAAACAGGACCUGGAUUCAAAGGUACAACUUCCUGACGGAUCGUCGAUACCAUGCGUCUUGUUGGCGAAUAAAUGCGAUCAGCAGAAGGAAGGUCUGGUUAAUUCGCCCACCAAGAUGGACGAAUAUUGUAAAGAGAAGAAUUUCUCCGGCUGGUUUGAAACAUCAGCGAAGGAGAAUAUUAACAUCGAGGAGGCAGCCAGAUUUCUCGUCAAUAAAAUACUUCAGAACGAUCAAGUUAUGAGAGGCAAUGGCUCUCAAGACCAAACGGAUGGCGAGCGCUUCGCGUUAAGUCAAUCGCCGACAAGCUCCAAAAAAUCCUGCAGCUGCUGACAAAUAGGUAAAUUGUCGAGCUCAAAUUCGAAAUCUCGAUCGCGAUUUUCCAUUCGUCAACCUCAACGUGUCUUCAUGAACGCCGUGAAUAUCAUAUAACAUCUUACGCAUUGCCAUUCUUCGUAAUAGGAUGCAUCUGCUUGUUGGAUUCUCACUUUCAAGUGAGAAAUUAUUCGAUAGUAUACUCUCAGCAAUUAUUUGGGUCUGUCAAUUCGAGUCGUUUGCUGAGUGAGCGAUAUUUUAAGUAGCUUUAUAGAUGUACAGAGCGCGAUAAAAGAGCGAUAAUUUAAUAUAUAUAAAAAAUAUAAUAACUAUGUAUAAAAUUUUUUUAAAUAUUUUUUAUAUAAUAUAAGCAAUGCUUGAACGCGUAAUGACAUAAUAAUUUUGGUAGUUUUCCCGAUAUAUUUUUUUUUUUAAUAAAUUAACACGCUAUCGCAAACCAUAGGUCAACGACAAUCGUGAAAUUGUUUUAUCGAUUUAGCCUACAAUUAUCGCGAUAUACCGUAUAUACCUAUGCAUGUUUAUACUUUUUAUAUUGACUUAUAUAGCAUUAUACUUACAAAAUUAGAGUUUCGAAAUAUUAUCCUGCAAAUAAGAAUUUCUUAUGCAAUACUUGUUUUAAUUGCGAUAUUAUAUGAACGUGCGUAUAUUCAAAUAUUGAACAAAUUAUGAGUAGAGAUUUAUAUACAACAAUGCUUACAUUCCGCCCAAAAUCGAACCAAUGAUUACUAUUUAUAGGACCGCUUUUAGCGUCAUUAGUAGCAAAAAUUAAAAAUUUUAUGUAAAAAUGUUGCAAAGAACAUAACACUGUUACUUCAGUUAGUUCAAUCGAUAUAUCAUUAUGUGAAUUUGUGAAAAUAAUAUGUUAUGUAUUUUUAAUUGUUUUCUCGUUAGAUUGGCAGUAAUACGCUUCCUAUUCGUACUUGUAUCAAUUGUACAUUUUACUGUUUAUCUCAUUCAAAUUGAUUUGUCGACAACGUUGUGCCUUCAUUUGCAUGGUCAUAGCUAAUUAUUCGAGGUAGCUGAUUGCAAUUAGUGCGUCAUGUCGCGCCUAAUGACCAUUUUACAGUAGACAAUGCGUUCAAACGAAUUUAUCGAUAGCGUCGCAACUGUUUGGACUGAAAUUCAGGGCGAAAAUAAAACUGCGGUAAAAAGAACUUGGGAAUCUUUAAUGAGCGAUAUCUUGUUUCUGAAUUCCAAGACACGAGAGGAAAUGCAGAUGUGUACGGCAGCAUAGAUAUAUUAGCGAGUAAUCGACGUGUAUCAAGAUACACAUAUGCAUGUAUACAUUACUGUAAAUAAUUCAGAAUUUACAUCGAUGAUCUUUUUCACCUUUCGAGCAAUCUUUUGCACUUUUAUAUAGCGAUUUAUAAUGCAGCGCGCAUAUCGUAUUAUUGCAGAGAAAAUUGUAGAUAUAUUAUAUAUUAUUUACGAAAAAAAAUAUGUACGUAUAACUCGCUAUUACCACUUAACAAUAAUAACACUACUUUUGCCUACUUUAAACUUUUUUGUAUAGACACAACACAUAAUAUAGAUACACAACAAUAUUUAACUGCAUUAAAUUUGUUUAUAUUA